GACCCCAUAUUCUUUUUAAGAUUUAAGUUGUAUGUAGAUAUCAUCUGUACCGCUGAAAUACAGGGUCCAAACCAUAAUUUAUUGUAUAACUAAGCUCAGAUCUCACGAUAAACAACAGCUCAGCUCAAGGAUUCCCCUGCAAUUCCGCUGUAGCACCAGGCGCGGAAUCCGAGGCCCGUUGGGGGUUUGUUUUCCUUUCCUGGGAAUAAUUUCCCGUCUUGAACAAGAUUCCCGGUUUCAAGUCUUGCUUACCUCAAGAAACGAUAACUCUUAAAGCGAUAAUGGAAACAACGUCUGAACCUCCUGCCUUUAACCUCACCGACACUGACCGGGAGGUCUUGGCCAUGACAGACGACCAAUUCGUCCCCCACGACUGGGACAACCUGAAAGAUAUCAUCGCACGAAAUGAUCUCGGCGCUCUGAAGCGCAAACCAUCCGAUCUAGUCCGAUACCUCUCCUGGUCCAGAGACACCAAAGCCCAAUACGGCUCUAUCACAAAUUUCAUCUGCAAGCGUCGUCUGGGCUGGCAUUUACCAGAACCCGCUGGCACCAGUGACUCCAGCGGCACCGCCGUGGCGGACAGCGAGCCGGUCUUCCCUUACAACAACCCGAUCCCCUUUGCCGAUCCCUCGGACUACAAGAUCCUCCGCAACGACUGGCCAUACGGUCUUGCGCCGGGAAUUGCGCACUUGUGCGUGUGGCUGCGCACUCCUGUGCCUGUCCAGGAACACGGUGGAGACUUGACGGAGGAGUCGCGCGCGCUGAUCGAGGGAUUUGUGCUGAGGACGUUUGUGGAUCGGCUGGCGAGAGAGGGGUAUUCCAACCCUGAGGAUCAUGUGCUUUGGUUUAAGAAUUGGACGGCACUACAGAGUGUGAGGAGUCUGGAACAUAUCCAUGUUCUUGUCAGGGAUGUGCCGGAGAGCAUCCUCUUCGAGUGGACGCAGGAACCGCCUCGCGAUGGGGUUCCCAAUUAG